AUGUCCAAGUCAUCCUCUCGUCUGGGUCGACCUGGAUGGGCAGGAUGUAAGAACAGCAGCUGGAGAAAGGAGCUGCAUGGCAACCGCUCAAACAUGCUGAAGAUUGGAGAGAGACUGAUGAGGGCAGGCAGCGAGGGGAGCCUGGUUCAAAAGCCCCUUUACUCCCAGGGUCAAAACCAAACCUCCUCAGCUGGAUUACAACAAGGAUGCAAUGGAAAGACACAGCAGACAUCCCUGCAGGAAAAACCCAACCAGAAUACAGGAAAUAACUCCAGCAAAGAUCCAGAAAACCUCCCAUCCAAACUUUCCUCCUCCUGUAGCUCAACUGUGGAGGACAGCAGGUCUGCUGAGCACCUGCUGCAGAAGAAGAAGCAGGACACCAACAGAAGCUUGCUCCAUAACCCUGAGCUCUCCUUCCAGCAACCAGCUCCACGCUUUCCCAGCACUUCACCUCAAAGCUCGGCCCCCAGCAGAGAGACAACGCAGCACUCUGAGGCAGGGAGAAAGAAAGAUGUGUUCCUGGAACAUCUGAGGCAGAAGUACCCCCAUCAUGCUGCCAUCAUCAUGGGACAUCAGGACUGCAUGAGGGGACAGGUGGAGAGUCCCCGAUCCUCAGAAAGCCUCCUCUGCUCAGGUGUGCUGGGCUUGGUGGAAGAGCAGGACCACAAAGUUUCUGAGACCAUGUGUGAUGGAGAGGUGCUGCCUCCAUCAGUGCCCUUUACAAGAGGCUGUAAAGCCAGAGCAAGUCUACCUGUGAGCCGUGGAAGCUGUCAAUCAAGCGAGAGGCCCCUAGGUGUGCUGUACCUGCAGUAUGGGGAGGAGACGAGGCAGGUCAGGAUGCCCCCUGAGAUCAGCAGUCAGGACUCUGUACGGGCUCUGUUUGUCACUGCCUUCCCCCAUCAGCUCACCAUGAAGAUGCUCCAGUCUCCCAACAUGGCCAUCUACAUCAAAGAUACCAGCCGCAACGUGUACUACAACCUGGAGGACCUCAGAAACAUUACACCCUAUUCCUGUCUGAAGGCUUAUCAUAAAGACCCAGCACAAGCGUUCAAACCGCCAUGUCGGCCUGGUUUUUUGCAGAUUUCUAAAGAGAUGCUGUAUGGUAGCCACAGCCCAGUCCACGGCCGCAGCCCCCUGCACAGUCUGCAGGGCUCCAUGUCCCCCCCCAUGGUCCGCUCCAUGCCCUCUUCCCCAUCCAGGAUGGCAUACGGUGGCGGGAAAGCAGGAAGAGGGGCGCUGAACCCAGGCAGCAUCACGUUACCACGGCAGCGGCUGUCAGCAGGAGGGCGAUCCAGCGGUGUGUUCACCAGCAGCAGCGCUAUACUGGAGAGAAGAGACGUGAAACCCGAUGAGGAUGCUGGCAGCAGUAAGUGUGUGGCGUUGGUGCUGCGUGGAGAUGGAGGACCUCAUCAUCCAGAGACUUACUCCUCCUUGCUGGAUGCAGGAGGAGGUCACGUCAGCGCUCCUCCGUCUCUUGCUGCAGAGAUGGGGUUGGAUUCUGGCAUUGCUGGGAUUCCAGGGGGGCUGCAGCAGUACCGGGCCUCCAUUAAACCCCUGAUGGACCACGGAGAGAACAUGGACCACCAGACAAGCUCCCUCCACAGGCAGAGGAACAGAAAAUAUGGAGACAGUCAUCCUCCUUUACUGGGAACCAAAACUCCACCCACGUCCCCACACAGAGGAAGCGAGGUCAGGAUGAUCGGCAGACAGGUUGUUGGGAGUGUGGGCCUGGUUUCUCCAGAGAGGAUGUCACCCAUCCAUCGUUCCAUCCAAUGGGAUGGUAACGGGGCUACAGGGGAGAUGGGAAGCCGAAGCAGAGGCUCCUCAUCAUCUGCAUCAUCGGUGUUUGUGGACAGUCCUUUGAGACAGCAGGGGGUGCUGUAUCUGAGCCCUGCUGCCCCGAGUGACGCCCACAGUGAGAGAAUGAAAGCCAUGGAGGAGCAGAUAGCCAGUCUUGCAGGACUGGUCCACCACGCUCUGUCUAUGGGAUCAGACGUUCCAGGACUUAAGGACACCGUCAGUGAGAAAACUGAACACAAAGUCAGUGACAGCAGGCUGGCAGUUCCAUCGGAGACUGAGGACCAGGCCAGUCCCGACCUUCUGGCCCUUCAGGCCCUGCCCCCUGGAAGCUGGUUGCAGCAGAGUUUGAUGUUGGCAAAGAGAAAUGUGUGUGAACUCCGACUGCAGCUCAGUGAGCUCAGAUGUUUACAGCUGUCAAACCUGGAGAGCGUGAGUUCGAUGCUGAGGAUGGCGGGCCAGGAGCUGAUGCUGCUGAUGUGUGAUCGACUGACUCAAUGUGAGGAGGAGGCGCAAAGACGGAGGACUGAGAUGGAGGAGGACAGGAUCCGCUACCUCACCGCUGAGGAUGAGGUCCUCACACAGAUCAGUGAACUGGAGGAUUAUGUGGGGCGUCUGCAGAGCUCCACCUGCAGCGGAGGCCAGCUGUCGGUCACUCUGAGGGAGGUGGAGGUGGGAGCGGUCAGCCUGCGCAGCGUUGGAGAGGCUCUGGCCGUCCUCAAAGCGGAGUUUCCUGCGCUGCAGCUGAAGAUGCGAUCAGUGCUGAGGGUGGAGGUGGAGGCGGUGCGUUUUUUGAAGGAAGAACCUCAAAAGAUCGACUCCAUGCUGAAGAGGGUCAGAGAGCUGACUGAAACUCUCAGCUGUCUGCGCAGGUGUGUGUCCGAGCCCACCCCCCCUGUCAGAGUAGCCCACGUGGAGCCUCUAAAGGUCCUUGAGGUAGAUCAGGGAUCUCCAAAGUUCCAGAGCCCAGACAGCUCCCCUAAACCCCAACCUCGAGCCUCCAUCAGACGUCCAGCUGAAGGGAGCUCAGCAGACCCAACCCCCUCCAGCAUGAAGAACACCUCAGCUUCUGUGGCUCAGCCUCCCCACCGACACCCUCUGAUGUCUACUCAUGGCCAAGACUCACCUGCUGUGUCCAAGACCACAGAGACCCCACAGGACAGCCAGAGUCUGGACCAGGACCAGACAGGAACUAGCCAGUCCCCCUGCUCUGAUUCCAGUCACACUCUGCAGACCACACACCCUGUUCAGAAGGUCCACCUGGUCCUGAGGGAGUCCAGUUCUGGUCUAGAGGAGGCUCCAACUGUACUAAGAUCUGAUCAGAAUGCACACCAGGACCAGACUCUAAAGGCAGCAGCUGUGGAGCGUCCUCCACCCACCUCCCCACGCACAGACAGCAGCAGUCGACCAAAAGUGGACAAGCCCCCCCGCUCCAUUGUGGAGAGAGACAGGAAGCAGAAUCUGGACAGGAACAGUGGUUCUCCUCCUCUUCCUCCUACUGCUCCCCGCAGGGCUCAGGCUGUCGGUUCAGGAGACAUGAUCCACAACCAACCUGCUGGAUCUCAGGACAGUGGCAACAAACCUGGACAACCACCUGAGGUCCAACCCAAAGUCCAGGUGUGCGAUCCUCCAGCUGCUGCCACCCUUCCUCCCCCCAUGGCUAUGUCGGCACACAGGAAGGAUGAGGAGAACCACAAACCAAUGAAGGAGCAACAGGUCUCUACAGAAAAGUCAAAUGAGGAUCUUCUAGAGAUGAAGGAAAAGGUGAGGACACCUCCACCCUCACAUGUGACCAUCUCCUCAGACAUGUCAUGUGACCAGCGGCCAGCUGAACUCCUGACUGAAGGUGGACUGGAGGAGUUUAGUAAGCAUGGAGCAGAACAUCAUCCAGAUAAGAAGGAUGUGGAGGAGGUGGGGCAUAAACAGGUGACCUCCUUUAACUGUGCAGUAAUGGAGAAGGUGGACAUGGAUCUUCAGACUGGACCAGAGUCUGGUCUUCCUCGUUGUUCAGAACAAAUAAAAACAAAUGUUGGACUUGAACUCCACCCGACCACAGCAGAGAAGACCAGUCUGGCUCCAGCAGAAAAGACAGAACCAGAACUAGACAUUCAGCACAAGUCCCUAAACUCAGAUGUGGACCAGAAACAUUCUCCGCCAGUCCUAGAACCUCACUGUUUGUUACAUUGGACUCACAGACCCAGCAGCAAGCAGCAAGACCAACAGAGCCAAGCCCAGGUAUCCAAGGUCCAGCACACCCAAGCCCAGGUAUCCAAGGUCCAGCACACCCAAGCCCAAGUAUCCAAGGUCCAGCACACCCAAGCCCAAGUAUCCAAGGUCCAGCACACCCAAGCCCAGGUAUCCAAGGUCCAGCAGACCCAAGCCCAAGUAUCCAAGGUCCAGCAGACCCAAGCCCAGGUAUCCAUGGUCCAGCAAAACCAAGCGCAUGUAUCCAAGGUCCAGCAGAUCCAAGCCCAGGUAUCCAAGGUCCAGCAGACCCAAGCCCAAGUAUCCAAGGUCCAGCAGACCCAAGCCCAGGUAUCCAUGGUCCAGCAAAACCAAGCGCAUGUAUCCAUGGUCCAGCAGACCCAAGCCCAGGUAUCCAAGGUCCAGCACACCCAAGCCCAGGUAUCCAAGGUCCAGCAGACCCAAGCCCAAGUAUCCAAGGUCCAGCAGACCCAAGCCCAGGUAUCCAUGGUCCAGCAAAACCAAGCGCAUGUAUCCAAGGUCCAGCAGAUCCAAGCCCAGGUAUCCAAGGUCCAGCAGACCCAAGCCCAAGUAUCCAAGGUCCAGCAGACCCAAGCCCAGGUAUCCAUGGUCCAGCAAAACCAAGCGCAUGUAUCCAUGGUCCAGCAGACCCAAGCCCAGGUAUCCAAGGUCCAGCACACCCAAGCCCAGGUAUCCAUGGUCCAGCAGAAUGAACCCCAGGUAUCCAAGGUCCAGCAGAACCAAGCCCAGGUAUCCACAGUCCAAGUGAACCAGCAGAGCCAAGCACAAAUAUCCAGGGUCCAACAGAACCAGCAAAAGCAAGCACAGAAAUUCAGGAUCCAGCAGGACCAAGCACAGAUAUCCAAGGUCCAGCAGACCCAAGCCCAGGUAUCCAUGGUCCAGCAGACCCAAGCCCAGGGAUCCAAGGUCCAGCAGACCCAAGCCCAGGUAUCCAUGGUCCAGCAGAAUGAACCCCAGGUAUCCAAGGUCCAGCAGAACCAAGCCCAGGUAUCCACAGUCCAAGUGAACCAGCAGAGCCAAGCACAAAUAUCCAGGGUCCAACAGAACCAGCAAAAGCAAGCACAGAAAUUCAGGAUCCAGCAGGACCAAGCACAGAUAUCCAGGAUCCAGCAGAACCAAGCCCAGGUAUCCAUGGUCCAGCAGAACCAGGAGGAAGAAGGCAGUCUGAGCCCCCCUUUGUGGGACAAUGAGGAGCCACCUCCUCCACCACCUCUAACUUUUAGAUUCAUCCACGGAGUCUCCAGAACCAGCACCAGGACACAGUCUGGAGAGGAGGACCACUGUGGAGGACCUGUUUCUGUAGAACAUGAAGACCUGGAUGAGUCUGGCUCAGAACCUGUUGCUGUUUUUCUGAAUGAACCCGUGAACAUCCAGUCAGCCUUCAAACGUCUGUCGACCAUCUUUGAAUGUGAAGAAGAUCUGGGUGGGACUCUGUCUCCAGACAGUAUUAUCGAUGAAGAGGAAGAAGAUGUGAAAAAAACUGAUGAAGAUCGGAAUCUUAAUGACAUUCCAGGAAAGCGUCAGGAUGAAGGACCUUCAGUUCCUGAAGAUCAAAACCAGACGGACUUGUUUCUAAAGCCAGAGACCAAAAAGAAGUUCACAUUCAAGUUCCCCAAAACCAAACUAGCUGCAAUCCGCCAGAUCAUCCGAUCAGGAGCCGAUAAAACUGGAAAAAAAAUUCCUCAGAUGAUCGUGUGUGAGGAAGAGGAGGAGUUGGUGAACAAAGAAUAUUCCUCCUCUGCCCGGGUAGAGGUCCUCUGCAGGAGCACCCUGGACUCCAUCAGCAGUCUGGAAGAGUCCAUAAAACAGCUGGAAAUCAGUGUGGACAGUAUCUCCACCUCCACCGCUCCAUCAUGUCCUCACAGCUCUUCCUCCAACAGAACUCAGUUGAAAGGAAAGGUUAGACAAGAAAGGGAAAGAAGCCCAUCCAAAAGGCCAGCCCCUCAGGUUCUGAAGGGCCCAAAUCCACCUCAGAGUAAGAGGUCCAAACCACAGCCUCAACGGAGCUCAGGGAAGACCAGCAGCAGGAAACAGACCUCCGGGACCUUGGCUCAACGAUCCCACACCAAGGCUCGCCUUUCAACCAGUGACCCACCUGAGGGGAAGACUGAAGGCCAGCAGCAAGUCAGACAGGCUGACAGCAGAGCAGCUGUGGACAGUAAGCGCUGCCUGGUUGCUUUGCGCUCCUCUAAGAUUCCAGCUUUGUGCCAUAACUCUGGGAAACUUCCACCUGCCUCUCUGCCCACUCCUCAGUCCUCAAACGCAACUUCCUCCUCUUCAUCCUCUGUUUUUUCACCUUCAGCUUUUUCCACCUCUUCCUCCAAGAAAUGCAAUCUUCAGUCUUCCCCACCUUCCUCCUCCCAGCGCUCCAGGCAGCAGUCUUCUCUGUGUCUCCUCUCCUCCUCCUCCUCAGUUUCCCCUGCAGACUCUCCUCCUCUCUCCCCCUCUCCAUCCUCCUCUCAUGUGCAUAAGUCUUUUAUUCCCUCUCUGAAUCUGAGUCGUCUCCUCCCCUCAUCCAGCCACAUCAUGUCUAACAUCAGCCCCGCCCACCAGAGGCCCCGCAGCUCCGAGGGCCAACGCCGCCUCGUCCUCAGCUCCGCCUUCAACGCCGCCACACAGCACAGCAACCACUCCUCAUCGUCCUCUCCCUCCUCCUCCUCCUCUCUGUCCCCGACCUCCUCCUCCUCCUCCCCUCCCUCCCCAUCCUCUGUCCUCCUUCCUGCCACAGUGAGCCGUGUGGUGAGCGGUAUCCGAGCGUCGUGGUCUGACUCCAGCUCUCCUGGCUGCAGCAGGACCCGCCCUGGAAGACCAGCACUGUGACGCAUUGUACUGAUUUACAUGCAUGGAGAGUAAAAAUGAUUUAGGUUACCAUAGCAACGUGGUGUUGUUUACCUUUUCACAGCCUGAAACGAGCCAGAACUAUCCUGAUCUGGCAGUUUAUCCAGCAAAUAUCUUCCUAGAAAUCACACAAGUACACACUCUACCAUUGUUUUCUCAGGUUUUACACAUCAGGACAUCAUCUGUUUCUCACCAGGUGUUAAAAUAUCUUAUCUGAGGAGGCAAAAUUUGUGUGACCACCAGUGUUGGGUAGUAAUACGUUAUUUAACACUGUUACUUGUGUCAGUAACUAAUACUCUAAUGCACUCCUCUUUAAAUAAAGUAACUCAGUUCCCGUUACCUACGGUGCAUUAUUCCUUUACUAGCUAAAUUACUACUUUUCGCUAGCAGCUGUGAGCUUCUUCAUGUUUCCAGCAGUGAUGCAGCACAACAUGGGCAGUGUUUUUAAUGUCCGCUUGUUGCGCUUGUUUUUCUGUGAAGUGGCUUGUAAACGUCAUCACUCGCGGGUUGAGGCUUCCUCUGCUCCCUUUGUGAAGCCCUUCUGUUUCGCUCUCAGCUGUUCAAAGCAACAACCCCUGGAUGCGGAACGGAAACGUGAACGCAACAGUCCUUUUUUCAGGAACUAGUGUCCACAAUAAGACAGAGACAAUGCCCUGAAUAACUUAGUAAAUAUGUAAAUAAAUAUAAAAUGUAGGAGAAAGAUGGAAGCUCAAGGAUAUUAAUGGGGGAAUUUUUAAGAAUGUUCUUUUACAAAAGUAACUAAAGUUAAACAGUAAUGCAUUCUUUUUGGUGUAAUCAAAGUAACUAAAUUACUUUUUGAAUGAAGUAAUUAGUAACAGUGACUAGUUGCUGUUUUCAGUAACUAGUACAACACUGGUGACCACAGAUCACACCCUCCAUCAUUAUGUAAUGUAAGUGUAAUAUGUGAGCAGUUUUACUAGCAGCUUGUCAGUGUUGUUGUUUCUGUGCAUGUCUGUAAUCGUUCCUCUGUGACUGUGAGGACUGGGGCCUCUCGGGGCCUCAGCAUCCUGUAAACAUGGAAAACUAAUAAAGGGCUGCCACAGAACUGAA